CUCUUCAACGACUGGUUUCUUUUUUUCUAUGCUUACUGUUUUCUGUUGCUGCUAAAAAUGGUUUAGAACCAGUCAAAUAUUAAGCGAAAAAUGAUAAACAGUAAAAUAAGCCGAAAAAUGGAAUAUAGUUCCUAAAAUUGCGUAUGAUAGAAUUGGUAUGAUGUUGAAGAAUACAGCUGUCAUUGCUCAAACAGUCUUGAGACAAUCUGGCAACAGACCAAUACACAUUGCUGCACCAGUUAUAUGUAAAGAAUGCCUGAAGAAUUCUAUAGGCUUUUACGGAAAAUGGAGCCAGCCAAAGUACCUAAAAUUCUUAGGUAUUAUAAGAUAUUAUAGUUCUAGUCAGGUACCACCAGAUGAAAAUAUAGAAAAACAAAGUUCAGGGCCAGGAGGCAUACCAGAAAAAGGUUUAGGUGGCAUACCAGAACAAACAGACACUCCUAGUCCUCCUACUUCUAGUCCAAAUGAAGCAGAAGAUCCUAAGUUGCAGAAAGAACAGAAAAUAGUCAAAAUUAGGAUGAAGAAACCUAUUGACCAUAAGUAUGUGGAGAAUAUCUAUAUAGAACCUGGUCGAGCCAUGGUGGAGUAUCUCAUAGUAUUAAGAGAGUUGAAUGAGAUCCCUAAGUACACAAGACGCAGUCCAUAUGGUAGUGGUAAAAGUUUGACUGUUUAUAAAAGGAAAGACAUUGAAGAACUUGCAAUAAAGAAAUAUGGAAGUCUGGAGAAACUGCAAGAGGAGAAAUUAUUAAGGAUGAGACAGCUUCAAAUGAGAUACAGAAAAUUUCCAUUUUCUGAGUCUUACUACAAAGAUUAUAUUGACAGACAUUACAUUUACUAUGAUAAAAAACCAGAGCAGCCAGCAGAAGAUCCAAAGGAAGCAAACUAUAAGUGGACGUGGACAGGCACUGGUCAAGUUGUUGUUUCCUCUAUAUGUGUAAAUUUUUUCAAUGUGAUAAUUAAAGGCUUUGCGUGGGCUUUCACAGGGUCAUACAGUAUGUUUUCUGAAAUGAUUCAUUCAGCUGCCGACACUCUUAAUCAGAUAAUUCUUGGUAUAGGACUGUACCAGUCAUUUAAAAAGCCAGAUUCUGAUCAUCCAUAUGGGUAUUCUAACCUCCGACAUGUGUCCUCUCUGAUCAGUGGAGUAGGAAUUUUCUGUAUAGGUACUGGAUUUUCUGUUUAUCAUGGUAUCCAAGGACUCCUUCAUCCACAAGAAAUGGGAUUAAAUAUAUGGGCACUUGGUACUCUAGUUGGUAGUUUAGUAUCAGAAGGAGCUACCCUGUAUUUAGCUGCUUCACAAACAAGAAAAAGUGCACAAAAACAAGGAAUUCAGUUUUGGAAAUAUGUUUGGCGUGGAUAUGAUCCUAAUACAACAGUAGUGUUAUUAGAAGACUUAGCUGCAGUUUCAGGGGUUGUGAUAGCAUCAGGUUGUAUUGGUUUAACAUGGUAUACUGGUAACCCACUCUAUGAUUCUGUAGGAUCAAUAGUAAUAGGAGGAUUACUGGCAGCAGUAGCAGGUGUUAUUAUAAAAACUAACUCAGCGGCAUUAUUGAUAAGAUCUAUACCAUUAGAAAAGAAAGAUGAGAUAAGUAAAGAUCUGGAGCAGGACAGAAUGAUAAGAUCUUUACAUGACGUGAAAGCCACAGAGAUGGGUGGUCAGUGGAAGUUCAAGGCUGAGGUAGAUUUUGAUGGGAGGGAAAUAGCCAGAGCAUACCUGUAUAAGUUAGAUAUGGAGCAGUUGUUAAAAGAGAUGCAGGAUUUACAAACGUCCACCGAUGCAGAGGAAUUCAUGUUGAAACAUGGACAACAGUUAAUUGAUUCCCUUGGUGAAGAAAUCGAUAGAAUUGAAAAGUUAUUAAAGUCGAAAUAUCCUGAAAUAAGACAUGUUGACCUAGAAGCCUUGUGAUGACAGCAAAUGACAUCUCAUCUCAUCACUAGUGUUGUGUUACUCUCCUAGUUUGAUAACAGUGAUAAGACAAUAAUCUGUGUCCACACUUAUGCAAUCUGUUUAUUUAUGUCUGGUAUCACAACCAAAUAUCAUUAACAAUGUGUUGUACUGAUCUAUGUUUCAUAUAUGUCACUAUGGUGAAACAUCAUGUGUCUGACUGUCAUGACAAAGAUUAAAACCAAAUUUACUAAAGAAUAAAGUCAACUUCUUAAAAUCUUCAUGAGGGAUGAGAUGACAAAUGUUUAGUUUUAAGUACAAUCAAUGUUAAAACCACAUUCAAUGUUAAAACAAAGGAGAAAGUUCGGUAAGCGCCAUAUUUGGCCCCGAUUAUAAAAUUGAAUGGUUAAAGAUCAAAUAUGUUUUAAGUUGUCUUAAAGACAUAUGAGAAGGUAAAUAGAACUAUUUGUGUCAAAGUUUUAUUUUAAAUAAGAGAUUUUGACGAAAGUUGACCAAAUCGGCCGGAUUUCAACCAAAUUUAGGACCAGGAAACAUAGAGCGCAGGUGUUGACAAACUUAAUAUUCAAGUUAAACAUGCAAAAUGUGAUUAAAAAACAUUGUGUUCAAAGAUCUGUUUUGUCGAUGUAUUUGCUCUAUGUUUCUUGUCCAAUAUUCAAUGCAAAAGUUACCAAUUUUUAUUGAUUUUUCAUGAAAAAUAAAUGGUACUAUUUGUGACGUCAUCAGUAGAACACAGGAACGUAAAUUUUCAACAAAAAGGCUCAUAUCCUAUAUAGUCAAUGUAUUUAGCUAUGAGUCAUUGUGAUAUUGGUCAUUAAAUCCUAAUUUGAAAUUUAAGGUAAAAAAGAGGUCCAUUUUAGGGCCUUAUCGUACUUACUCCUUUCAACAAGGCAUACCUGCAAUCUACCAAAAUCUCUAUGAGGGCAGGGUUCUCACUAAGGAGUCCAAUGCAUUGUCUAUUUUUGCCAUGGUAAGUCUAACAGUAAGAAGAAAAUAUUCUAUUGCAAAAAAAAUAUUAUAUAGUCUCCAUGACCUAAUAAACCAAUGAACUGACAAAAGAUUUUGAUUACUUUUAAACUUUUGCUAAAAAAUGAUAUGUGUGUUCAGUUUUUACAUACUAUUUUCAAUCUUGAUGCAUCUUUGGUCUCAACAGUUUUGAAAAGGAUGAUUCCAGGACUCAUGGAAUCGCCUUAGAAGGAACCCUGAUGAGGCUUGUGAUGAAAAAUGUUAAAACUAAAAUUAAUGUAGCACAGCUUCCAACUUUUUAAAAACUUGAAGAGUUUUCUUAAGUUGAUUCUUUUUUUGGUUUGGUUAUAAUUUGCUCUCUCAGCCUCUCAGCCAUGUGUAAUUUCUGUUACAAAUAAAAAAAAAUCUUCAUUAUAUGGUGUAUGUUAAAGAAUAACUGGCAAGUUUUAUAUGUUGAAGCGUAUUUGUUAUGUCAGUGUGUUAUAAAAUGUAUUUUAUACUAUGUUAUGUCUGAGAAUGUCAUUACCAGUAUAUACCUAUGUUUUGUUUAUAUAUAUAUUAAGAUCAUUGUUUUUAUGUUAGAUUUUGCAAAAUGAUGUUCAUUGUGCAAUGUGUGCUUGGAAAAUAAUCCUUUAUAUUAUGUGUGAAUAAUUUUGUCCUUUAUUUAUUACGAAUUUAAAAAUAUAUGAGGAAGAAAACAAUUAGACAGCAUUCUAACAGCAACAAAAAAACCUAAGACAUUUAGAGUGGAGGUAUAAUUUACCCAGGGUAUAUAAAGUUUUGAAAUAGAUCUGCUAUCAAAACCAUUAUCUAUGUAAAUUUAGAAAUUAUUGUGUAUAUUUAUUAUUGAGAUGUUUGAAAAAAGGACAAAAAUGCUAGAUAAAUAAUUUAGAUUUCACACAAAUCUGUAUACUGUUAUAUAUACCACAUAUGAGAACUUGAGGUUUAAUUUAAGUAUUCAAACCAAGUCCUAUUAUUGGCAAUUAUUAUAAACCUCCUGAUAAUUUCUGAAUUUACAGUACUGCGAUUUUAUUUUUUAGGGAUAUUGAGAAAAAUCCUGUUUAAUUAUAAAAAAGUUUCGAAAUGGGAGUUUAGAUUAUUGUGAUUAUAACCCUGUCACCUUUUUUGCAAUAAUAAAAACAUCACAAUAAUAUCUGAAUUUACAGUGCAUACUAUUUAC